AUGGAUGUCGAUACACCUCAAUUUGCCGAUACGCCGACAGCACCAUCCAAAGAACCUGCCGUCUCGGACGAGGAGUGGCCCAACAACGCCUGGACGGACGAUCAAGUCUGCUCCCUGUUCAAAGGUGUCGUCAGAUGGAAGCCAGCAGGCAUGCAUAAACACUUCCGUAUGAUUGCAAUCAGUGAGCACCUUCGGCACCACGCCAUUGAUCCAGCGGUCCAUACCCAUACCCGGAUUCCACACAUCUGGACGAAGCUGCGCACCUUCUACAACCUGGAGGCGAUCGAUUUGCGGGAAGACUUUUUCGAUUCCCAGGAAGAUGAGGACUACGAAGAUCGGUUCCGAGAGUUCACGCUACCGGUUGGUGACUUCGAGGAGCACAUGAUGACACGCGUGCGUGCCCCUAGCGAAGCGCCCUCAUCACCCCCCCAAUUCGACCCAGAAAACCCUGCAGCCGGAGAGGCCGUGCCGACGCCUACGUCCGCGCCCUCGUCGCCUGAACCAGAGAAGGGCGUCAAAAAACGAAAGCGAGCGUCAACGGCUGCGUCGAAGACUCGGGCGAGCACUGUGGAUGAUACGGAAGACGAAAAGGACACGGCCUCACCGGCCCCCAAGAACGCAAGGACCUCGAGGAGCCAGAAGAGGGCAGCAGGCAAGGCGAAAGCCCGCAAGGCUGAGUCUACGGAGCCAGAGGAGGAUGAGGAGGAUGAGGAGGAGGAGGGCGACGAGGAGGAAGAAGAUGAAGGGGACGACAGCGGCUCGCAAGAAGGGGAGGAGGAAGAGACGAGUGCCGAAGCCAGCGCUGCCGAGAGCGAGGCACCUUCAAGGUCGACAAGGGGAGGUGGUCGCGGCCGGGGAAGAGGCAGAGGUGGCCGAGGUCGUGGCCGUGGCCGUGGUCGGGGAUAA